AUGGAAAAAAAAAAGAAACAUUCGUCAGGUGUUUCCUCGUCAAGAUCAUCAUCUGUGACAAACGAGAUAUGUUUGUUAUUUAAGUUAAUACAAGAAUCUGAUAAUAGGAAAUAUAUUAUAAGUAAAUUGACGGAACUUUUUUUAUUAAUAUAUAAAGAAAGGUUGAAGAGAAUGUUAUUAUAUUCUUCUUAUGGUGAAGAAGAAAGGAAUGAUAAUAAUAUAAAUAGUGAUAUAGAUAAUUUGGAUGAAAAAUUAAAAUAUAUUUUUCGAAAGGAUACAAUAAUUUUUGAUAUUCCAAGAAAACAAAAAGGAUAUAACAAAUAUGAUGAAUGGUUAGAUGUAUGUUUUGAGAAAUUUUUAAAUUUAUUAUUUCAGUUAUUAAAAAAUGAUGAUGAAAUAUUUGUUAAGAAAAGUCUCUCCAUAUUAUUUGGAUCUUUACAAUUUGAGUUAAAGAUAUUUGAAAAGUUGAUGAAAACAAAUUAUGAUAAUAAUAAUAAUAAUAAUAACAACAACUCUAAUAAUUUAUAUUUGAAUGAUAAUAUUAUAAAUGUAUAUGAUAAUAAUUUAAAUAAGUUAACUGACGAUGAGGGUGGAAAGAAAUACUUCCCUAUAAAAUUAUACAGACGAAUUAUUAUUGAACUUUUAAAUAUGGAGCACAUAAGUGUUAAUACUAUAAAACAUAUUUGUAAAAGCUAUAUAUGUUUUUACUAUGACCUUGAUUAUUUUUUCUUAUGUAUAUAUAAUAGUCUAUGUAAUGAAAAGAAAUAUGUAGAUUCGAAGAAAAAAAAGAAGGAUGACCAUAGUAAUGUUGAUACGAAUAAGAAAAAUAAUAACAUCAAUAAUAAUGAUGCUGUCAACCUAGAACCAACGAGAGAAAAGGAACAAAAUGAUUAUAAUUUUAAUUUUCCAAAGGAUAACCAUAAUAUCAAUCUAUUAAUUUUUAUUAUCCUAAUAAAUUCCAUUAAACCAUAUAAAAAAGUAUGUCUUAAUACAAAUGAGAAUAAAAAAAAAAAAAAAAUAUAUUUGAAAAAAUUUAAAAAACAUGAUUUGUUCAUAGAUGAUCAAGAGAAUGUAUCAAGAAAAAGAAAAAAAAUAUAUAACAAUAAUAAAAAUAACAACAACAACAAUAAUAAUAAUAAUAAUAAGAAUAAUUCACAAGUACAUAUCAAUAAUUACUAUAAAUUUUCAGAAAUCAAUGAUUCCCAUGUGAAUAAAAAUGAAGUAAAAAAAAAAAAAAAAAAUAUAUUUGAAAAUUAUAAUAGUGAUGAUAGUAGUAGUAUUAAACAUUUAUCUUCGAGUUCAGAUGAUGAAAAUAAAUCAGAUGAAGAAGAUUUUUUAAAGGAUGUCAAUUUAAUAAAUAAUAUUAAUAGUGAUAUGGAUUUUUCUGAUGAUAUGUUAUUAGAAAAUACCAAAGAAAAAAUUACGAAUAAAAUAAAAGAAAGAAAAAAUAAUUUCUUUAUAAAUAUACAAAUAGAUGAUAAAUUAUAUUGUAAUAUAUAUUCAAGUUGUUGGUUUUAUUUUAUAACAACACAUGUUCAUAUAUAUACAAUGAUAUUACAAUUAUUACAUUCUAUACCAGUAUAUGUAUUUCCAUAUACAAAUAAUCCAUAUUAUUUAAUUGACUUUUUUAAUAUUUCAUUUUAUAAAUCAUCAAACUUAUAUAUUUCCUUAGCUGCAUUGCCAGGUAUAUUUCAUAUUUUAACAGAAUUAAAUGUAGGUAAUGUGAUAAAUGAAAAUAAUUAUAGUAAUAUUAUAAAUAGUACAAAACUAGAAAACGAAAAGAAAGAUAAUUUAAUAAAUGAUGUGAUGAUAAAAGAGGAACAGAUAUCUGAUGAAGAGAAAAAAGAGAAAUUAAAUAUAUCACCAAACAAUAGUAAUAAUGAAAAUAUAAAAGAAGAAGAUUAUAAUAUAGAGGAUAAUAAAAGUGAUCAGAGUAAUAAUAAUACUAUAAGUCAUAAUGGUGAUGAUGAUGAUGAGGAGGAGGAGGAGGAUGAAGAUGCUACUAAAGAAAGUAAUAUUUUUAAUGAUGAAAACAAAUUAAAUAAUAAUAUGUAUACAGAUUAUUAUAAAAGAUUAUAUGAACUAAUAACACCUGCUAGUUUUUAUUAUGAUGAUACACACUUUUUAAAUAUUAUUCAUUUAUCCAUAAAAAAUAAAAUGAUACCUAUAUAUUAUAUUCUUUCCUUUUUAAAAAAAUUAUUACGUAUAGGAUGUCUAACUUCAUAUAAUAUAUCUAUUAAUAUUUUAAGUGUUGUAUAUGAUAUAUUAAAUUAUUUUAAAAAUGAAUUAUAUGAAGCUAUGUUUAUUUCAUCUUCUCUAUUUAUGAUUAUGGAUUUUAAGAAGGAUUCCUUUUGUUAUGAUAAUUUGUUAGAAAAUUUUGACAAAGAUAAAAUUAUGGGAAUGUUAAAAAUGAAUUCUUUAUUUUUAAAGGACACAUAUCGUCAAGAUGAAGAUGAUCCUCUUAUUAAAAAAACAAAAAACGAAAGUUCAUAUGAAUUUCAUAAUAAUAUUAAUCAUAUUGAAUGUAGUAAUAAAGGUCAUAUAAUUAUAAAUGACGAUGAAAAAAAAAAAAAAAAUUUGUUUAAUAUACAGGAGUGUAUCCCUGAAAAGUAUAAAAUAAAUAUGAAUAAAUUAAACAAGAAACAACUUUAUAUGGUUAAUCAUAUAUUUUAUGAAAUUAUUUUAAUAAAUAAUCAUAUAUGUGAUAAUUUAAAAUUUUAUUCAAAUGUUUACUAUUAUAAUUUUGGUAAAGAUAGUUCUUAUAAAUCACAUGACUUUUAUAAUGACCCAAGUAAAAUGAAUUGGUUAAAGGAAACUUCCCUUUUUUCAUCUUUAAAAAAUUUUUUGAGUUUUAAGAAAAAGCGCAAAACGGAAACAACACCGACAACGCAAAACAAAAUUGCCACCUUAUUCUUGUAA